AUGCCACAGCCGGAUGAACUCGAAGAAGUCGCUGACUCGACCGACUGGCUCUCGACGCCUCUUUCAGGGCUGACAGCCGUCGAAGCAGCACUGCGGUGCCAAGUCUGCAAGGAUUUCUACAAGACACCCAUGCUCACAUCCUGCAACCAUACCUUCUGCUCUAUAUGCAUCCGGCGUGCUCUCAAUAAUGACGGCAAAUGCCCUUUAUGCCGUGCCUCGGAACAAGAGAUGAAGCUAAGGAGUAACUGGUCUAUGGAAGAGGUCGUGGCGGCAUUCAAGCAGACGAGGACCCACGUCAUGGAAUUUGCGCAAAGACCCCGAGCCAUAGUCGGGAGCAGUGCUGGCGAGUUGCCAAAGAGGAGGUUAGAUUCAGACAUGGCAGAGAAUUCGAGAGCGUCAAAGAGGCUAAGAUCGUUGACGCGGUUGAGUAAAAACAGGAGUGCCGAACUCACGACGGAGAUGGCCCGUCAAGAAGCCGAACAAGACGAAUCGACUCCUGAGAUACCCAUCGACGACGGUCUGGUCGCGUGUCCAAUAUGCUGGACUCGAAUGAAGGAAGCACAAGUCGACAAGCAUAUCGAUACAUCCUGUACCGGUUUGCCACAGCCACAUGGACGACAAGCUUCGAGUCCAUCGACCCUGAACGGCUUGCCCAAUGGCUUCCAAACGAUCACAAAGCCUAUGCCGUCAAGGAACUUCGAGCGCCUGCCAGCAAUAAACUACUCAAUGCUGAAGGACCAACAAAUCCGCAAGAAGAUGUUAGAGCUGGGCAUAUCCAAUGCUGGAACCCGGCAAAUGUGCGAGAAGCGCCACAAGGAGUGGAUGACUAUAUGGAACGCAAAUUGCGACUCGUUGCAUCCACGGAGUAAACGCGAGCUACUACAUGAUCUUGAUGUGUGGGAGAAAACAUUAGGCACGCGUGCACCAACGUCUUCAAGAGCGGUAAAUGUAGGGGCGCAAAUUAAAGACAAGGAUUUUGAUCAGGCUGCUUGGUCGGCAAAUCACGAUUCUUCAUUCAAGGAUCUUAUAGCGAGCGCAAGGAGGAAUAAAGCGCAGGCAGAACAGAAAGUCAUGGAGGCGAAUGCUUCAGAAGAGGCUGUAAAGGAUCCGCGUAUAAAGGAUCGAGGUAGUAGUGUCUGA